AUGGCUGCGCUGCCGACUCCAAGUGCCGAAAGCCCCAUGGUUUAUGGCCAGGGCCAGGACCAGGUUGACGAUGACGUUGUCCUGGUUGUUGCUCAGGUUCCGAGUGGCAGCGUGGAGAAGGCUGGCUGCUGGGAAACGAGUAAGCACUGCUUCUGGAAGAUCGUCAACUGGUGCCGCAGGUUCCUGUUCUCACCAUACUGCACGGCUCUCCGUGUAGCUGUGGUCUCUAUGAUCUUGGAAGGUUCAGCUAUCUCUGCUCUUGGAAACAUCGAACCAGCAGCCUUGCAGCCAUGCAACCGGGAUGUGGGCUGCAUAUACCAGACAAGUCGGAAUGGGGUUCUUAACUCCACGAACGGCCACUUUGCAAGCAUUCGUAACGGCGAGGAGGAGAGCUUCACAGUAGAAGACUUCGUGGAUGGCCCUUCAUCGCUCCGUGCAUGGCUGACAGGCAUCAGGUGGCCCGAUGUGCCAGGGCGUCAACUGCCUGCAAUCUGUCCUGAUACAACCCGCGAGGAAAUGCAGGCCUUGUGUGCAAGCGUAGAGACAAAAGAGAAAUUUGACGGGGUACAUUAUUCCCGGAUCUCGUCGGUUCUUGUCAUUAUUUGCGCUUGCACCGUGGCCCAUGAUUGGGGCAUAUUGUAUUCCGGGUCUGAGUGGUCACUUGUGGGUGUUGGUUCUGCAGGUUUAAUCCUCGUUUUUUUACAUUUCUUCCUGGCCAUCCUGGUGACGUUCUGGGCACUAAGCUUGUCGGGAGUUUUCGUCGUUUCCUUGGAUGAGCAGAGAGGUUGUGCAUGCUACUACCAGCUCGAAGGAGUCCAGGCGCUGCUCGCGCUGUCGGUCCCAGGUGUUGUGCUUUCGCAGGCCUUGACCAGGUUUGACACAUGGAUGGAAGAGGCCAUAUUCGGAAACGCUUUGUACUUCCAGCCUCAUCGAAUUCCGCACCAUGUUGAGAAGCAAUGUCGGAGCUGGCGCAGUGGGAAUUUAAUGGAGUGGGACUUUAAUGGCCUUGAGCCUCCAGUUUUGGGCCAUGGUUCGUCUUGGACUCCGAGUCCUCGGACUUGCAUGGUUUUUUGGCUGAUGAUCCUCUUAGUCAUCGUGUGGGUCGUCACCAUAUACACUGCUUUGCCAGAGGUACGACAGGAGUUCCGAGACGGUGAGCUUGAUGGUCCCGGAAAGCUGCUGUGUGCUAUGCUGUUUGCUACAAUUGGGACCAUUUGUGUGAGCUUCGGCGCUUUGUGUUUGUACUUGCCAGUCAGAGCCUUCAUGCUACCUCCGGCCGCGCUACCAGAUGUGCGGGGCCAGGUGUGGCGGGUGGAGAAUCGUGCAGCUUGCUACUUCUUUGUGUGCCUGUUCGCUAUUCUUGUCCUGGCACCUUAUGCCUUCUACUACAGGGCGAAGCACUUCUUACAUGUAUACGCGACCAUGGAGGGUGAUGGGGCAGCCUGCACGCCUGAAAGAUUUCGAGAGUUCUGCACGUCACAUCCCGGCUUGGUCCGCAGCAUACAGUGGAUGCGAGGGCUACAGGACGAAUUGGGCGAGUUCUUGAUCACCGGUCUGGGUGAGGUAGUCAGCGAGGAUGCCGGCAUCACGGCCUCCAAACCAAAUGCAGACGGCACAGCUGAGACCAAAGAAGAAGCUUUGGGCGAAAUUGCAAGCAACUUGUCGCCAUCCGAUGAGAAGCAGACGGCUGCAGCCACAGAACAAGCCCAACACGAAAGUCGCAAGGACUCGUCACCAUGUGAUGCAGGCCACACAUCUCAGACCCACGCGGAGGAGGACGAAACUACCAGGAAAGCACAGCAAUGCACGACUCCAAGAGAGGACGAAGAGGAAGCAGCUGCACUCACUAGAGAAGUCCGCUGGUUGCAGAGGCUAGAGAAGCAUCGCAACGACUUUCUGCGCGAACGUACUCCCGCCGUUCAGAGGGACAGUGAGUGA